GCUGCCGGUCCCGGGAGGGCGAGGGGCGCCGCCGCGGGGCCAGGGCUGCGUCUGCAGGCGCAGGCGGCGGAGCGCCCUCGGGUCUGCUAACCUGCGCCCGUGGCCUUGGCUUCUCCCGAGGGCCAGGCCCUUCCUGGCAGGGCUUUGCGGCCUUGUCUGGCCGCGACUUGGCGUUUCUUCCUCGGGACUGUUGGAGGCUGCACCGACUGCGAGGUGCCUCGGGCGGAGGUCAGCAGCGCUGCGGGGACCCUGCUGCGGCCCGACGCUGUCCGGGCGGCGGGAAGAGAUGCUGCCUGCACCCCCGUAGGCCCGAGGCAUCCGGAGCGAUGGGGCCAGGGGCCCACUCGCCUCUCCUGCUGCUGUUGCUGCUCUCAGUGGUAGAUGGAGAAGCUGACAUGAAGGGACACUUUGACCCUGACAAGUGCCGCUACGCGCUGGGCAUGCAGGACCGGACCAUUCCAGACAGUGACAUCUCUGUCUCCAGCUCCUGGUCGGACUCCACGGCUGCCCGGCACAGCAGGCUGGAAAGCAGCGAUGGGGAUGGGGCGUGGUGUCCGGCAGGGCCCGUGUUCCCCAAAGAGGAGGAGUACCUGCAGGUGGACCUCCGGCGCCUGCACCUGGUGGCACUGGUGGGCACUCAGGGCCGCCAUGCUGGUGGCCUUGGCAAGGAGUUCUCCCGCAGCUACCGGCUGCGUUACUCCCGGGAUGGUGAACACUGGAUGGACUGGAAGGACCGCUGGGGUCAGGAGGUGAUCUCAGGUAACGAUGACCCUGGGGGUGUAGUGCUAAAGGACCUUGGACCCCCCAUGGUAGCCCGAAUGGUUCGCUUCUAUCCCCGGGCCGACCGGAUCAUGAGUGUGUGUCUGCGGGUGGAGCUCUACGGCUGCCUCUGGAGGGAUGGGCUCUUGUCCUACACAGCCCCCGUGGGGCAGACCAUGUACUUACCCGAGGCCGUGCACCUCAACGACUCCACCUACGAUGGACUUACUGUGGAAGGCCUGCAGUAUGGUGGUCUGGGCCAGCUGGCUGACGGCGUGGUAGGGCUGGACGACUUCAGGCAGAGCCGGGAGCUGCGCGUGUGGCCAGGAUACGACUAUGUGGGCUGGAGCAACCGCAGCUUCCCCGGGGGCUUCGUGGAGAUGGAGUUCGAGUUCGACCGGCUGAGGGCCUUCCAGACCAUGCAGAUUCACUGCAACAACAUGCACACGCUGGGAGCCCGCCUGCCCGGCGGGGUGGAGUGUCGGUUCAAGCGGGGCCCUGCCGCGGCCUGGGAAGGGGAGCCCGUGCGCCAUGCCCUUGGGGGGAGCCUGGGAGACCCCCGCGCCCGGGCCGUGUCUGUGCCCCUGGGCGGCCGCGUGGGGCGGUUUCUGCAGUGCCGCUUCCUCUUUGCCGGGCGCUGGCUCCUCUUCAGCGAAGUCUCCUUCAUCUCUGAUGUGGUGAAUGAUUCCUCUCCGGCUCCUGGGGGCACCUUCCCACCAGCGCCCUGGGGGCCGCCUGGCCCGCCUCCCACCAACUUCAGCAGCUUGGAGCGGGACCCCCGGGGCCAGCAGCCCGUGGCCAAGGCGGAGGGCAGCCCGACGGCCAUCCUCAUCGGCUGCCUGGUGGCCAUCAUCCUGCUGCUGCUGCUCAUCAUCGCGCUGAUGCUGUGGCGGCUGCGCUGGCGCCGGCUGCUCAGCAAGGCGGAGCGCCGGGCGCUGGAGGAGGAGCUGACCGUCCACCUCUCUGUGCCCGGGGACACCAUCCUCAUCAACAACCGCCCCGGGCCCCGGGAGCCGCCGCCGUACCAGGAGCCGCGGCCGCGCGGGAACCCGCCGCACUCUGCGCCCUGCGUCCCCCACGGCUCCGCGUUGCUGCUCUCCAAUCCGGCCUACCGCCUCCUUCUGGCCACUUACGCCCGUCCCCCUCGAGGCCCGGGCCCCCCCACACCCGCCUGGGCCAAACCCACCAACACCCAGGCCUGCAGUGGAGACUACAUGGAGCCUGAGAAGCCGGGUGCCCCACUCCUGCCCCCGCCUGCCCACAGCAGCGUGCCACACUAUGCCGAGGCUGACAUUGUCACCCUGCAGGGCGUCACUGGGGGCAACACCUACGCUGUGCCUGCGCUGCCCCCAGGGGCGGCUGCAGACGGGCCCCCCAGAGUGGAUUUUCCUCGGUCUCGGCUCCGCUUCAAGGAGAAGCUGGGCGAGGGCCAGUUUGGGGAGGUGCACCUCUGUGAGGUAGAGGACCCUCAGGACCUGGUUGGUCUUGACUUCCCCAGCAGCGUGCGCAAGGGACAGCCUUUGCUGGUAGCAGUCAAGAUCCUACGGCCAGAUGCCACCAAGAAUGCCAGGAACGACUUCCUGAAGGAGGUGAAGAUCAUGUCUCGGCUCAAGGACCCCAACAUCAUCCGGCUCCUGGGCGUGUGUGUGCAGGACGACCCUCUCUGCAUGAUCACCGACUACAUGGAGAACGGCGACCUCAACCAGUUCCUCGGUGCCCACCGGCUGGACGACAAGGCGGCCGCGGAGGGUGCGGAGGGGCCCACCAUCAGCUACCCCAUGCUGUUGCACGUGGCCGCCCAGAUAGCCUCGGGCAUGCGCUACCUCGCCACACUCAACUUUGUGCACCGUGACCUGGCCACCCGAAACUGCUUGGUCGGGGAGAAUUUCACCAUCAAAAUUGCCGAUUUCGGCAUGAGCCGGAACCUCUAUGCUGGAGAUUACUACCGCGUGCAGGGCCGGGCAGUGCUGCCCAUCCGGUGGAUGGCCUGGGAGUGCAUCCUCAUGGGCAAGUUCACCACAGCGAGUGAUGUGUGGGCGUUCGGGGUGACCCUCUGGGAGGUGCUGAUGCUCUGCCGGGCCCAGCCCUUCGGGCAGCUCACCGACGAGCAAGUCAUCGAGAACGCUGGGGAGUUCUUCCGGGACCAGGGCCGGCAGGUGUACCUGUCGCGGCCGCCCGCCUGCCCCCAGGGCUUGUAUGAGCUGAUGCUGCAGUGCUGGAGCAGGGAGCCUGAGCAGAGGCCGCCCUUCCCCCAGCUGCACCGCUUCCUGGCAGAGGACGCAGUCAACACGGUGUAGCUCUGGGAGAGGCCUGAGGCCGCCAGUGAUGCUGGGGGAGCCAGCCCUGCCCCUCCCACAGCCCGUCUGAGAGGCAGUGAGGUGGGGGCGCCCAACCUGGAGGCAAGCUCGCAUCCCCUUCCCCAUCCUCCACCUGCCUCCUUCCUGGAAGCCCUUGCCGCCCACCCGGCUGGCCCUGAGGACGGGAUCUUCUCUGACUUCUGACAGCCAUCCCUGGGGGAGAGCAAGUGCAGGGCAAACACUGGAGUGGCCCACUGCAGCGCCAGGCCUCACUGGAUGACACUGGCCCCUGGGGAGGGGGCUCUGCCCCACCUCCUCUUCUUGUCAUACACUGGACUCUGCCAGCUGGGAGCUGGGGGGAGGAGGACAUGCGGGGCAAAAGAUGUCCCUGGUGCAUAUCCCUGGAACUGGACACACUGGACCUGGGGGCGCUCCCUGCCCUUCCUCCGAUCCUUGGGCAGCCCCACUUCCCACCUGCCGUGCUGUAACUAGGAUUUCCCUGUGCCUGUACAUUUCUGUGGAGUAAAUAUUGGGGUUAGAGGGAGAGAGGGAGCAGAGGCCUGUGGCGGUGGGGUUGGACAUCUCUGUUGUAGCUACCACGUUGGUUUUUCUAUAAUCACUUGGGGUUUGUACAUUUUUGGGGGGAGAGACACAGAUUUUUACACUAAUAUAUGGACCUAGCUUGAGGCAAUUUUAAUCCCCUGCGGUAGGCAGGUAAUAAAGGUUGAGUUUUCCACAGG